AUGUUGACUGAUUUACAAACUUUAGCAAGAUUCUUGUUAUAAAUGACUAAUUCUCCUCCAAAUUAUGAUAAAUUAUAAAAUAAUAGAAAAAAAUAUUAGAUUUAGUAGUAAACGAAGUUAUGUUUUUUAGGCUAAAUUAAAUAUUCCUUUUGUUAUUAACAAGGAAUUGUCUUAAGUGUAAACAGGAAAAAAUAAUUUAAAAUUAUAAAUGGCAGCUAGAAACAUAGAUAGGUAUAAAAUCUUAUUUAGUUUCUAAUUAAAGCCUACUAAAAAGUCUCAGUAGGAACUUAAAUAACUUUUAUUCUAUCAAUUGUAGAUAAUAAUUUAAUACUUAAAAUGACACUUAAUUAAGGAUAUUUGAUACAACAUACAACAAAUAUUAACAUUUUCAGGUCACAUUUAGAAUAUAGUUUAUUUUAAGAAGAUUUGUCUUAUUGAGACUACUAGAAAAUAAUUAAUAUCUUUGGGCUUAGAAAAGUAAUUAGUUGUUUGAAAUAUUGAUGAUAUAUUUAUUUCAACCUAAACAAAGUUUUCAGAAACAUUCAAUUAGAUAACUCUCAUAUAGUAUUUAGUGA